CGCUUAGUCGGCCGGGGCUAGGCGGCAUGGCGGACCCCGAUGAGCGGUCAGGAUGGCUAACUGGUUGGCUUCCUACAUGGUGUCCUACAUCUAGAUCAUUGCUUAGAGAAGCCGAAGAGAAAAUUUUAAAGUGUGUCCCUGACACAUACAGCAAAGAAGCUGUCUUCAUAUCCAAUGGAAAUAAAAUAUGGACGCUGAAAUUUUCUCAAAGCCUUUCAGAUAAAACUCCACUUGUUCUUCUCCAUGGCUUUGGAGGCGGGGUUGGACUCUGGGCACUAAACUUUGGAGAUCUUUGCCAAGAUAGACCCGUGUAUGCCUUUGACCUGUUGGGAUUUGGAAGGAGUAGUAGGCCACCGUUUGACACGGAUGCAGAGGAAGCGGAGAACCAGUUUGUGGAAACAAUUGAAGAAUGGAGGUGUGCAGUAGGCUUGGACAAAAUGAUCUUACUUGGGCACAACUUGGGUGGAUUCCUGGCUGCUGCUUAUUCACUAAAAUAUCCAUCAAGGGUAAGCCAUCUUAUCUUGGUGGAGCCCUGGGGCUUUCCAGAGAGGCCUGACCAUGCCGAUCAGGAUAGACCAAUUCCGGUCUGGAUCAAAGCUUUGGGUGCCGUAUUGACUCCCUUUAACCCAUUAGCGGGACUCAGAAUUGCCGGACCCUUUGGUUUAAGUCUUAUGCAACGUCUAAGGCCUGAUUUCAAGCGAAAGUAUGCCUCAAUGUUUGAAGAUGAUACGGUGACAGAAUAUAUCUACCACUGUAAUGUACAGUCACCCAGUGGUGAAACAGCUUUCAAGAACAUGACUAUUCCCUAUGGAUGGGCAAAAAGACCAAUGCUCCAACGAAUUGGUAAGAUGAGCCCAGACAUUCCAAUCUCUGUGAUCUAUGGAGCCAGAUCGUGCAUAGAUGGCAAUUCUGGGAAUACUAUCCAGUCUCUCCGACCCCAUUCACAUGUGAAGACCAUUGCUAUCCUUGGGGCAGGACACUAUGUGUAUGCUGAUCAACCAGAAGAGUUCAACCAAAAAGUGAAGGAGAUCUGUCAUAGUGUGGACUGAUCCUCUGCAGCUCUUUGUGGAAAAGCCUGAUGACUGAUGCAGUUCCUAAGCAAUAAUUUAUUGAAUAUGAUAAAGAAUAAGGAAUGCAAGACAAGGAAGCCAAGCAGUUAACUGGACUGGGUUUUGCACAUUUGGUAUUUCUUCCAUGAAGUCACGUGUACACUUAAGCCGGAUAGUGCCUUUUUGGGUGGGUGGUUGAUUGGGUGGUUGCUGUCUAAUAGCUCACUCUAAAGGAUGAAGAAGACUCACACUAACUCCUUUAAAGAAAAGAUUAUUUACCCUCAUGACUGAAAAAUUGCAAUUCUUCAACUGGAAGGUUUUUUUCAUGUACAUCUAACUUUGCUGUAUUGGGUGCAGUUUCUAUCCUAUUCCUUCUUGCUUUAGUGAAGACUUCUCUUUUCAGUCUUACAGUAUGUACCGAAAGGUAUCGUUUUAGUUGUGCUAUCUCUACAUGCAGUUAAAAUGUCUUCAGGCUUGGCUAGCCCUAUCAGCUGUCAGUUGGUCUUGUAUCCAACUGGGUCAAACUUACUUAAGAGCCUGAUUUGAGGGAAUGAUAUGACAUGCUAUGAACCUAGCUCUCGUGGUGCUGGGCAGGGCCACAAUAAGAACAUCCUUGCAGACUAGAGGAACAAAACAGAAUUCAGGCCGGGUGGUUGGUAUUUUAAGAUGGAAAGGCCAGUAAUAGGAAACCAUGCUGUUGCUUCUGUACUACUUCUGCCCAUCUUUCAACACAACCUUUCUUUCACAAGUUUUAAGUCUCUGGAAAAUUCAGUCCACAAGUAGCUAUGUUUUCGUAAACACUGGAUUUUUAAUCAUGAAACUGAGGUCCUAAAGUCCUGAAAUAUCUCAGCCUGCAGGAUCUCUUGUUUUUAAAUAUAAAACGUGGACAAAAUCAUCCAUUUUGAGCCACACUUAAAACAGCUAAAAAUUAGGUAUAAGUAAAGCUGUUUAGGGAAUGCAUUUUUCUGGAAUGUUGCAAAAGGCCAACAGUAAUAUAUUCACUAGUAACUGGUACCUGUGGAUUGAGGGGUAGAACUGAAAUCAAUUUGUAGUCAAUAAAGCACAUCCAAGGAAACUGUGGAUACUUCGUAUUAAAAGUUCUUUGUGUUUGAUUGUAAUACAACAGGAUAGCAUGCCAGCAUUGUUCUUUAUAACACGUUGGAUAAGUUUGAAAAGUCGUUCGUAAAUAUAAGCAAAAGAACUGUUGCUCUAAGCCAAAUCAGUGUUUUUACAGAAGUUUACACAAUUAAAUAACUUGAAUCUCAAUUGAUAUAUUUUUCUCGGUAAGUUAAAAUAAACUCUAAACAAAUAAGA